AUGGGCGCGGGCGCGUCGGACCUGGCGGGCGUGGAGCCCGGCGGCAAGGUCGCGCGCGCCGGGCUGGGCGACCUCCCGGAGCUGUGCGCCGCGGAGGUGCUGCUCCGCCUCGGCGCGCCGGACAUAUGCCGGCUCGCGCGGCUCAACCGCGCGUUCCACGGCGCCGCGGCCGCGGACUUCGUGUGGGAGGCGAAGCUGCCGGGGAACUACGGCCGUCUCCUGCGCUUCGUCGAUGACGCGGAGGAGGGAGGGAGUGGCCGGGAUUGGAGCGCGGUGGGGAAGAAGGACGUCUUUGCGAGGCUCGCCAAGCCUGUGCCGUUUGAUGGUGGGAAAAGGGAAUUCUGGUUGGAGAAGAGUAAAGGUGGGAUUUGCAUGGCGUUGUCGUCGAAAGCGCUGGUCAUAACAGGGAUUGAUGAUAGAAGAUACUGGAUUAACAUGCCAAUCGCUGAAUCUAGGUUCCAGUCCAUUGCAUAUCUCCAGCAAAUCUGGUGGUUUGAGGUGGUUGGAGAGGUCGAUUUCUGCUUCCCUGCAGGGACCUACAGUCUGUACUUCAGGCUUCAUCUUGGCAAGUCUUCAACACGUUUUGGCCGCCGUAUUUGUAGCUCGGAGCAAGUCCAUGGCUGGGACAAGAAGCCUGUACGGUUCCAGUUCUCCACAUCGGAUGGCCAGCACGCCGUGUCCCAGUGUUACUUAGAUGAGCCUGGAAGCUGGAUCUUGUACCACGUCGGCGAUUUCGUUGCAUCAAGCUCAGAAGAAUCAAUCAAGCUGAAAUUCUCACUAGCUCAAAUCGACUGUACUCAUACAAAAGGCGGUCUGUGCGUCGAUUCAGUGCUAAUAUAUCCCAAGGGCUUUGAGCCAGAAAGGGUGAUCAAGGCUCAGAAAUGA